AAAUCCAAAUAGUUUUUCACAAACCAGCCAAAAGAGACGCGCACACACAAAUACACAAUAUCUCUCCCUUUCUCUCUCUAUAAAUAAAUUGUAUCCCACUCAUUUACACCCUCAAAUCCUUUUCCAUCCACCUCUCCACCUCAAAAAGUCAGCGCCUUCUUUUGUCUUUUUCUUUCUUCUCUCUAGAAAAAGUCAAAGAUAAACCAUAGCAAGAGAAUAUGGAAGAUGAUUGGGAUCUAACCGCGGUGGUCAGAAGUUGCUCCGCCUCUAACACCACCACCACCGGCCCCACUAGUUCCAGCGGCAGCGCCACCACUUCUUCUAGUAACUUCCAACCAAGAGUAGAUGAUAAGAACAACAACUCUUUGUUUUGCUUUCAAGAUCUAAUGGAGCAGCCAAGAAUAUUGACCAAAGAUAGUAGUACUGGUUUUGAAGAGUUGCAUGAACUGUGCAAGCCUUUCUUUAUUGAAUCAGAAAAAUCGACACCAAGGAGAUUAUUACCCAUUUCACCGGUCUCUGUUCUUGGAAAAUUACAAGAUCUACCACCAUCACAACAGCAACAACAACAUCAUCAGCUCAAUAAUAAUAAAUUGAUUCAGCCUAAGAGACCCUUGUCUGUAAAUGGUUCCGCAACUUGUACUUUACAUGCUCAAAGUCCAAGAACAAAAAGAAGGAAGAACCAAUUGAAGAAGGUAUGCCAAGUAGCUGCUGAUGCUUUAUCUUCUGAUACGUGGUCUUGGAGAAAAUAUGGCCAAAAACCCAUUAAAGGUUCCCCUUACCCAAGGGGAUAUUACAAAUGUAGCACAUCAAAGGGAUGUUUGGCCCGAAAACAAGUGGAGCGAAAUAGAUCCGACCCGAAUAUGUUCAUUGUCACUUAUACAGCUGAGCAUAAUCAUCCAAUGCCUACACACAGAAAUUCCUUAGCCGGAAUUAGUCGUCAUAAAACAGCGAAUUCCAAUAAACCCACCAGCUCAUCACCGGUAUCUUCACCGGUGAUCAAUUCUCCGGCACCGGAAAAUCAAGAAAGUGAUAUCUUUGAAGAUGAUGAUGAUGAUGAAUUUGGUGUUUCUGAUGUUGGGUUGGGUAAAAAGGAAAUUCCGGGAGAUGACUUCUUUGAGGGUUUGGAUGAUCUUGAUAUUCCGGCCACCGCAGAAAUCUCGCCAGGGAAAUUUCCGGGGAGGUUGCAGUUUCCUUGGCUGGCGAAUAACGCCGCCACUACGGCAGCUGGCGGUGGUUGACCUGCCAAAGAUCCAUUCUUAUCAUUUUACAAGCUCCAGAUGUCCAGCGUUUUAUACUGUACAAGCUUCAGAUGUCCAACAUCUUAUAUUGUUUAAGCUCCAGAUGUCUAAUUUUAAAUGCGUGGGUGGGUGUUGAAAUCCCACAUCGAAUGGAUAUAUUUUUAGAGUUCAAGAUUUAUUUUUUUAUCACAGAAAAAGGACACAGGAGAAAAGAAAAGUUCACGAAAUGAUGCUUUUCUUCUCACUGAGUUUUCUUUUUAGUUUGUAGUAUCUUUUUGUCCGUUAGAGAUAGGAAGAGAUAGAAAAGAAAGAGAGAAUCUUGAAAUCACAAAUGCCUUCUUUAUUGAUUUUGUACGUGUAACGUAUAAUUCCAUUCCCCAUCAUCUUAGAGAGAUAGGCAUGUAGAGAAAAGGGGAAAAGUGUUUGAUUCAA